CAGAAGCAUCCCAGUACUCCAUCUUCUUCGAUGACUGAAUUUUAACCAAAUUGAUUCAUCGGGUUAAAUGCUUGUAUAUAAAAUAUUUUUAUAGAGAUGCAUGUAUAAAAAGUAUUUUGUAUACUUAAAUGUGUGUAAAUAAAAUAGCCCUCCGGUGGCUCAGCAGGAUGGCAUGGGACAGCUGAAGGUCAUCAUGCCGGACCUGGGAUCCCCUUAGCUCCUGAUGAGGAUGGUCACGGGACUUGAUGUCUUAGAUGUCCUUUUAGCUGAGAUGCCUUCAGGGUCACUCUUCCCCCCACCAGGCAAGAUUUAUACACAUAAUUUUUAAACAAACCAAAAGCAAAGCAAAAACUUUGACAGUAUUAAGCUUUUAAUUUCCCUUCUUUGUUCAGUUCAUCACAGUACUGGCAUCAGCCUAUGCACGUUGCUUGUACAUUUCCUGGGCGAUCAGCAAAUGGGGCUUUUUGAACAAGCUAGCUCUUUGUCAGCUUGUUUGGAUCAGAGUUCUAGCAGUGUUGAGGCAGCCAGGACGGCUCUCUGUUGGCUGUCUGGUGCAGAUAAAAUGUAGUUGGUGUUCUUCUGUGACACCAAGACACGUGGACAUGUGAACGCUGCUGCGAACACUAUGACUCCAUUGCUUUUAUAUUUUUAGGAGUAUUUGGAAGAAUCUUCUGUUUCUCAUUUAGUGCUACACAAGAACUGAUUGGCAGCCCACCCCAGGAAAGGCAGGAUUCCAGCAAAUGGAGUGGAGGAACAACAGAAAGACCCAGAAGUGAGAGGACACACAGAAGAAAGGCACUGCCUCCUAGGACCGAGAAAAUGGCAGUUGACCAGGACUGGCCCAGUGUUUACCCAGUUGCAGCACCAUUUAAACCGUCCGUGGUCCCUCUUCCUGUUCGGAUGGGUUACCCUGUGAAGAAGGGUGUGCCCAUGGCAAAGGAGGGAAAUCUGGAACUGCUCAAGAUCCCCAAUUUUCUGCAUUUGACUCCUGUAGCAAUUAAAAAGCACUGUGAAGUUCUUAAAGAGUUCUGCACCGAGUGGCCAACUGCACUUGACACUGAUGAGAAGUGUGAGAAGCAUUUUCCAAUCGAAGUUGACACAGCUACCUAUGUCUCAUCAGGACCGUCCAUUCGCAACCCCAAGGCACGCAUAGUAACCUUGAGGGUUAAACUCUCCAGUUUGAAUUUAGAUGACCAUGCAAAGAAGAAAUUGAUUAAACUUGUGGGAGAACGGUACUGCCCGACCACCGAUGUGCUCACCAUCAAGACAGACAGGUGUCCUUUAAAGAGACAGAAUUUUGACUAUGCGAUGUAUCUCCUGACAGUUUUGUACCAUGAGUCUUGGAAAACUGAAGAAUGGGAAAAACAGAAAACUGAGGCAGACAUGGAAGAGUAUAUAUGGAAAAAUAGCUCUUCAGAAAAAAACAUCCUGGCGACGCUUGUGCAGAUGAGAGCGGCCGAGGGCAGCGCGGGCGUCGGGGAGGAGGAGCUGCUGGCCACCGAGGAUGUGCAGGCGUACGCGCGCUCCGUGGCCAGCCUGAAGAACGAGGGGGACAGUGAGCAGGCCCUUUGCCAGUACAAAGAGUCCGUGAAGAGACUCUUAAACGUGACGUGAAUUGCCAAGUGGAAGAAUCUGCCUGACGUGUUCAUUUUACAGCACAUGUAAUCAAUAUGUGAUUUGAUAUAAGAUUGAAGAUAUUGGAAGACUGUUGUUUUA